AUGUUAAAACAAACCGUUCAAUUCAAUGGUUUUGAAGAAAGAUAUGAUCCUGAUAGAUAUGGCAACAUUAAAAGAGGUUUGAAUUUAAGACAUGUUAGUUUAAUGACAAUUGGUUCCUGUAUCGGUUCAUCUCUAUUUGUUGGUCUUGCCAUUCCUUUAAUUAGAUACGGUUCUCUUUCAUUGUUUUUAGCUUUUAUAACAUGGGCCUUCCUUGAUAUGUGGCCAUUAAUGCAAUGCGCAACUGAAAUGGCUGUUUGGCUCCCCAUUAAAGGUUCCUUUUUCCAUUUUGCUGGAAGAUUUGUUGAUCCUGCUCUUGGUUUUGCUUGUGGAAUCAUUUAUGCUUACUCAACUGCCAUGUAUGUCUGUGUUGAAUUAGUUGCAAUGGGUAGUUUAGUUCGUUAUUGGGAAUCUGCAAAUAUCCCAACUUGGUCUUUUAUCUUUCUUGGAUUAGUACUCUAUAUUAUUUGCAACAUCUUUGCAGUCAACUGGUUUGGUGAGAUCGAAUUUGUUGGUUGCAUGUUUAAAAUUCUUUUGAUCAUUGGCUUGAUGAUGUUUUCAUUCUUAAGUAUGUGUGGUGCUAAUCCCAAAGGUGAUGCCUAUGGGUUUAGCAAUUGGUCAAAAGGUGGUUUAUUUAAACCAUAUCUCGAGGAGGGAGAUCUUGGUAAGUUUAUUGGCUUUUGGAACGUCUUUGUUUAUUCAGCUUUCUCCUCUGGUGGUCCAGAAUUUAUUUUAAUUAUUGCUGGAGAAAUUGAAAGACCAAGAAGAUCCAUUCCCGUUGCCGGCAGAAAUGCAUUUUUCAGAAUUUAUCUCUUUUAUAUUGGUGGUAUUUUUUUCAUGAAUUGUAUUUGUGCAUCAAAUGACCCAAACUUAUUAGAAGCUGUUGGUGCUAGCAAAAUUGGUGCCGGUGCUUCUCCAUGGGUCAUUGGUAUUGAAAAUGCAGGUGUUAGAGGGUUUUCUUCAUUAAUUAAUGCUAUUAUUAUCACCUCAGUUUGGUCUUGUGGUAAUGCAGCCUUUUAUUCAUCUACAAGAUGUUUAUACUCGCUUUCAUUAGUAGGAUAUAUUCCAAGAAUCUUUUCAAUGUGUUUAAAAAAUGGUUCCCCAAUCUUUUGUGUUGCAAUCACUGCACUUAUCUCCUGUCUUUCAUUUUUAAGUUGCUCAACUUCUUCUCAAAAGAUCUAUAUAUGGUUUAUUACCAUUACAACAUCCUGUGUUUUAAUGGUUCAUAGUACAGUCUUUCUUUCUUAUAUAUGCUUUAGGAAAAGUAUGAAGGUUCAAGGAUAUAGAAAUCAUUACUAUCAAACUCCUUUCAAAUUACAACCAUAUUGUGCUUAUACCGGUUUAAUUCUUUGUAUAGUGACACUUUUAUUCAAUGGUGCAUACAUUUUCUGGCCAGGUAAUUUUUCUGUUCAAAAUUUGUUCGUUUGUUAUUUUUCUCCAGUUGCAUUCAUUAUCCUUUAUUUGUUUUGGAAAAUUUUAAAGAAAACUAAAAUCCACACAUCAAGAGAAGCCGAUAUUAUAACAGGAAAGUUACAAAUAGACAGAGAAGAAGAAAUUGAAGAAGCAUAUUUCUCAGCUUUGGAGAAGAAGGAUGGCGUUCUACGCAAAUUCUUCCGUUUUAUUGAAAAAUUAAUCUAUAAAUAA